AUGACCAAAACGACAAUCCCGAUUGGGCUGCCAUACCCCAAUCCAACGAAAGCCUAUUGGCAGACCCCUCCCCACCACCUCUCAGACCACCGCACCACAGCCUUACUCCCAUCAUCAGCCAAGUAUUUAAUCGUGGGAUCAGGUAUCACGGGGGCUGUCACAGCGUUUAAACUUCUCCAGGAAGAGCCAGGCGCUUCGAUCGUGAUCCUUGAGGCUCGACAGGCGUGCAGUGGUGCGACGGGUCGAAAUGGUGGGCAUUGUCGUGCUGGGAGGUAUUUGGAGUUCAGGACUUACUUGGAGGAAUUCGGAAAAGAAGAAGCGUUAUUGAUGGAAAAGCUGGAAGAAGAGAAUGUGAGGAAAUUAGGGGAGUUUGUGAAGGAGCACGAGAUAGACUGUGAUCUAAGGGACGUUGAGACCCUGGAUAUCUUCACGGAUGACAGGAAGUGGGAACGUGCUUUGGCAUCAUUGGAAGCGAGGAAUGACGUCUUAGGCGGCAAGGUUGAGACAAAUAUCUUGACGAAACACAGGGUAUGGAGUGCGAAGGAGACCAGGGAGCGGUUAUUGAUUCCCGAAGGGGUGGGGGCCAUAUCAUUCCCUGCAUACGUCCUGUCGCCGUACAAGUUCGUCUGCCGUCUUCUGGAGAUAUGCAUCGAGCAAGGCGUGAACUUGCAAACCAACACGCCGGCACUUGAGAUAUCGCAAUCCUGCCCACGGGGCUCCCAGAGCUACUGGACGGCCCACACGGAUCGAGGAGACGUCAGGGCUGAAAAGGUCAUCUUGGCGACAAAUGCUUACAGCUCGGUACUCUAUCCUCCUUUGGCGAACUUCCUCAUUCCAACAAGGGCCCAAGUGGCUGCUGUUCGACCAGGCUCGAACAUUGUCAAUAAUCCUGCGCUAACGAGGACCAUGGACUUGGAAAGCCAUGUCUCGGGAGAUUAUAUGCAGGCUCGAGCUGAGGGAACAACUGGAGCAGGAGAUAUCAUAAUUGGAGGCGGGAGGCGUCUAGGAACUCCUCUUGGGGAGCAUGGCGAGCAACCUAUUCUAGACGACACUGUGAUCCAUCCCAGGAUCUCGGAGUACCUUACCCAUGCUGCAGCGAGUUAUUUUGGGAGAGAGAAUUGGGGAGAUGAUGGAGAAGUAUUGCAAGAGUGGAGUGGCAUUAUGGGGUACACCGUUGACAGUCAGCCAAUUGUCGGGCAAGCUCUUGGCCAAGAUGGGCUGUGGAUCUGCGUGGGCUUCAACGGCCAUGGCAUGGCUUUGGCGUUUCAAUGUGCAGAAGCGCUGGUGCAGCUUAUGAUGGGAAGGGAGAAGGAAGUUGAUGAGUGGCUGCCAAAGAAUUAUGGACUUGGGCGGGUGCUUUUGAAGCGACGUUAG